AUGGAACUUGUACUUCUAGCUGGUCACAACCUGAAGCUCCUGUCGGAUUUGGGCGGUGUCUCUGCGGUGCCGAGGAAGUUCCCGGGUGAUGCAGAGGCGUGGCAUGUGGUUAAACCGGAUUACGUGCGCCACGGGUCGGUAAAUAACUACAGGCGCUGCCGUCUGACAGCACGUUUUUUUUGUAAUGCAGACGGAACAGCGUUGUCUUCGGCAAAUGAGGUACUUAGCUCAAAUGGGGGAAACGCCCCUGUUAUUUUGCUCCUGCCAUUGGGUCGGGACCCUGUGGAAAACAGUGGGGUCAUAACUUUCAAGCUGGCUACCGAGGGUCCGCUGCUGUCCCGUCGUCACUGUGUGCUGCAACUCAGCAGUAGCCAUGUGUUGCGUGUCUCGCACGACCCACAUGAGUGGUGUGCCAUUAGUGUGCGUGACUGUUGUAGCUUGAAUGGUACGUUUGUUAAUGGCUGUCGCUUGGCGGCUGGUGCGAGUUCCUUGCCAGUGGCCUUUGACCCUUGCGAUGCCCGGUGGUGGAAGGAGCCGCUGUUGACAUUGGAGCUCGGUGCUGGGGCAAAACUCGCCCCUGGUGCGUCCCUUUCCGAGCGGCAACUGCUUCUGCGGUUGCACGUCUUUGUACGAUUCAUAGGAGAGAGACAAGACGUCGGAUGGGUCCAGCACCGCUUGCAGGGACCCUGUUUUUCCAAAUUGGCGGCCGGAGACGCUGCGCCAGGUCUUUCAUCGAACGACCAUUCCGUUUGCCGCUUGAGUGCAGCGUCGACACCAGUCAAUUUGACGACAGAGGUAUUGGGAAAAGAAUUAUGUGGGAGUUAUUUACAAUCCGAAGAGGGUUUGGAUUUGCCUUGUGGGGUUUGUGGUGCGGCUGCGCAGCGUAUUGUGUUGCUGCAUGCAGGGAGCACAGACAGUUCCGUCAACGGCCUUCAUCCAUGUGCUCUGCCGCAGGGCAGUGAGCUCAGUAGCCGCCAAUGCCUUUGCUCCACCUCCCUGAUUCACCACCCUGAAUGUGGAGUGAGUGACAACAACGCGGUAGAGUCGACGUUGCGGUCUGUCAGUGUUAAUUCCACCACCGCUUUGCCCCGUUACGCAUCGGGGUAUCUCGUAAAACGUGCGGAGGAAAAAUGUACGACAACGGUGAAAGAGUACAAGGCAGCCUCCCUCACGAACCGACGUGUCAGGGAGAGUUUGUGCGACUCUUCAGUUGGCAUUGGGUUGGCCGCACGCGAUGUGGUCUCAAAGACUCCUCUUGGAGGAAUUGAGGGGAAACAUGGGGAUUGUGCUCCGCCAAGACGUGCCUCCACGCACACAGGACCUAUGCCACACUCUUUGCUGGCUUCUCACGACGACGGUGGCAACCCCAGCAAUCCUUUGAAGGAAUCUCUGUUGGAUCUGUCUCCAGUUCUGGUGAGGGCUUCUCUGGCUGAGCCGCAGGAAGAGAAGUGCUCCGUAGUGAAUAGUUCUCGUUCGGUGUCCCUAUCAGCCUCAGCGCAAUGCAAGGAAGAGAACACGACAUUCUCCCCUACUGCAGCGCCAGUGAAAGUAGUCAAUGUCCCAAACAGCGGCAUGACGGCAGAGAAGGACGAAUUGGUGGGAGAGUCGGAAGCCAUGCGGCGUCAGCUGGUAGUAGCGCCGGCCGGCGUGGUACAGGUUUUGAGUUGGAGAAGUGGCAGUUGCUCUUUGCCGACGUCUCAAGAUGAUAUGGUCAUCGGGCUGCCUCGGCGCGGCAUAGUGAAGGUAAAGGUGGAGGAGGAAGAUGAGUUAGUUGUAAGUGCCGGACCUCUCACAAUGAGCGCUUCCCCCCCACCUUGUGAUCUUGCACUGGGUGGAGGCCCAGCGAAGUGCCUGGCACGAACGACAAGGAAACGAGUUGGCAAACGGAGGCGCGUUCUUGAUUCGAAGGAAACGGUGAAAAUGUUUAUUGCGGAACUGCUUGAUGACAGUGUCGGUGCCUCUCUUCAUAAGCGUAACUAG